AUUUUUUUUUCCACCUCAAGCUUAGAGCGUGUUGAUUCUGGGGUGGGUAAAAGCCGUUUAAAAGCAGCUUUCUUGUUGGAGAAGGGACCGUUUGGCAAAAGGAUGGAUGCUGGAUGUCCUGAUAAAUUGUUUGUAGGAGGCCUCAACCAAGAAACCAAUGAAAAGAAUCUGAAAGCAGCUUUUGGAUCAUUUGGACCCAUAAUAGAUGUUGUUUUGAUAAAGAAUUUGGAAACCAAGCAGUCCAGAGGCUUUGCUUUUGUUACCUUUGAAAGAUCUGCCGAUGCUAAAACUGCUCUCAAAGACAUGAAUGGGAAGUCUUUGAAUGGAAAAACAAUUAAAGUGGAACAAGCCAACAAAAGGUCUUUUAAAAGUGGUAAUAAGCGAAGACAACCACCUCUUUUGAAAAACAGAGGUUCUCUGAGAAAUACGAGAUGCGCAAGAAGAGAAAAUCGAGCAAAAGGGCAUUCUUCACGUAGAGGAAACUUGG